AUGUGCCUUGGACAUUCAACACUCGCCGAUCACCUGCGUGUUAUUGAAAUAGAUUUCAUUACAAAAUUGCUCAAGAAAGCAACGUAUGAAGUUAGUCAAUUGACGCCUGACUUUCUUCAUUAUUCGAAACUUGAAUUCUGCUCGUUAGAAAGAUUUUCGUUUGACAAGGCUGCUGAUCUUCAAGCUUUUCAUCCAGACAAUGAUGAUGGUCCAGUGCAAACUGCUCCGAAUGUACCAUUCUCUUUGAGCGACGACGACAUGAAACAAGACAAUGGUGAUGAUGAAGAUGAAGAUGAAGAACAAUUAAAAGCGUUUGUGUCUCUUCCAGAUAAAAUUGUAUUCUAA